UUUCUCUCCACUGCACUACAUCUCUUCACUCAAUUCUUUCAUCUCCUUCAAUUUUCCCAUUCGCUACUUUUGUUUUUUAAAUAAUUUCUUACCAAAAUUACCAAAAAAAUAAAUAAAAUUUUUCAUUACCUACCUCUGUCUGUGCCUUUCUUACUAAAAAAAAUACAUGAUCAUGUCUGGUGUUAUUGCUAAAGAUUCUGCUGAAGGCUCUUCACACCCACCACAACCGCCGCCUCUGAGCCGAUAUGAGUCUCAGAAGAGGCGUGAUUGGAACACUUUUGGGCAGUACUUGAAGAACCAACGGCCUCCGGUUUCACUAUCGCAGUGUAACUGUAACCAUGUGCUUGAAUUUCUUAGGUAUCUCGAUCAGUUCGGGAAGACUAAGGUUCAUCUUCACGGUUGUGUCUUUUUUGGGCAACCCGACCCGCCUGCACCGUGUACUUGUCCUCUAAGGCAGGCAUGGGGGAGCCUUGAUGCUCUGAUCGGACGCCUCAGAGCUGCUUAUGAGGAGCAUGGUGGCUCUCCUGAAACAAACCCCUUUGGAAAUGGAGCUAUUCGGGUUUAUCUGCGUGAAGUGAGGGAGUGUCAAGCUAAGGCCCGUGGGAUUCCUUAUAAGAAGAAAAAGAAGAAGAAGCAUCAAAUCAAGACCAUCGACGAGGCUAAGUCUUCCAAACAAUCAACUCAGUAGAGCUUCGGCUUCUUCAAAUAAACGGGUUGAAAUGUUGGAAGUGGAGCCUCUGCUUGAUUAAGUGGGAUCAUUCUACAUAUUUAUAGAGUUGUUUAUGUAGCUUUUAAUAAUGAUUUAUAUUACUGCAAGGUGGGGUCUUAGUCCACAUAUAUACAGAUAUUUACCAAUGUACCUACCACCUUGUAAUUAAUUAGUAAUUAAGUUGUUAUGACACUCUUAUAAACAUUAAUUAGCAACCAUUACCAUAUAUGUUUAGCUUUGUAACAACUUUAUGCAGUAGUAAUAUAUGUUUCUCUUCUGCCCCCAA